GCAUGUCUGGCAGCUAGGAAAACCAUGCCUGAGAGGGAAAAGCCUGUUAAGUGCUGAGGACGUCUGCUGCUUUCUUGGCAAGGGAAAAUGUCCGACACAAUGAAACCACUCUAUGGCGUGCUUCAGUAUAAUCAGAAUAUGAUUGGACUGGAAUCGUUACCUGAUCCCACAGAUACCUGGGAAAUUAUUGAGACUAUUGGAAAAGGAACAUAUGGUAAAGUCUAUAAGGUUACUAAUAAGAAGGAUGGCAGUUUGGCAGCAGUGAAGAUUCUAGAUCCUAUUAAUGACAUGGACGAGGAGAUUGAAGCAGAGUAUAACAUCUUACAAUUUCUUCCUAACCAUCCCAAUGUGGUUAAAUUUUAUGGAAUGUUUUACAAGGCAGAUCGGUAUGUAGGUGGACAGCUCUGGCUUGUUCUUGAGCUGUGUAAUGGAGGCUCAGUCACAGAACUUGUCAAAGGCCUACUGAAGAGUGGCCAAAAGUUGGAUGAAGCAAUAAUCUCAUACAUCUUAAGAGGUGCCCUUCUGGGUCUUCAACAUUUGCACAACAAUCGCAUCAUUCAUCGUGAUGUCAAGGGGAACAACAUUCUUCUGACAACGGAAGGAGGAGUCAAGCUUGUUGACUUUGGUGUUUCUGCACAGCUCACCAGUACCAGGCUGAGGAGAAACACUUCAGUUGGGACACCAUUUUGGAUGGCUCCAGAGGUUAUUGCUUGUGAACAACAAUAUGACUAUUCUUAUGAUGCCCGUUGUGAUGUAUGGUCUCUUGGGAUCACGGCUAUUGAACUUGGUGAUGGAGAUCCACCUUUGUUUGACAUGCAUCCUGUGAAGACCCUUUUCAAAAUCCCAAGGUAG